AUGGCCUCGCCUGCCGCCACAGCCUCCCCGCUGGCAAAGGCUGCCGUGGGCGUGCCGGGGCGUGGAGUACGUCCACUGCAGACUGGGCUCUCUUCGCGGCUACCGUCCGCGCAGCUCGGGAAACGUCAAGCCCGUAAGUCGUCUCUCCCCAGCUGUGCCUCGCCAUCGUCUUCUGUGACGGACGCGGGGGUUUCUUCCCCUCGCCGCCAGGGUGCGCGAGUAGAGAGAACAGCCACGGCAACGGGGCGGCCUACCCAGCGUCGAGUCUCGGGGCGUGGGGCGUCCGCUCAGAGAACUCUGAAAUCGAGCUCAGGGGGCGUACUUCAAGCGCAGGCAGUGACUGGCCCUGUUUCGUGCUCGACCCCCUGCGAGUCGAACGGCCAUGAUUUCUCUUCGAGUCCUUCGGUCAAUUUCUUCGAUUCCCCUUCGUCCCGUCCCUUGGGUUCUGCGUCUGCCUCUUCGUGUUCUACCUCUUUUUCUUCUUCGCUUUCGUUGGGCUCUCCUCCGGCCGUGCUUUGCCCUUGCGACUCUCUCUCUGGUGUGUCGAGUUCUCUGGAGGCAGCGCGGUGUCUCGUUGCCUCGACGAACCCGCCUGCGUCUACGUCCGUGCGUCCGACGGUUUCGCCUGCAUGCGAGGCGUGCGACGACGGCUCAACGGAUGAUGAGCAUCCUUCUGCGCUCUGGGACGAUGGCGAACAGCGUAGAUCUGCCCUCGGCGCGGGAGGGGUAGAAACGUGCAAGGGUGAGGAAGUAGGGAAGGCGAGGAGAGGAGGACUCGCGUCGAGAGACGACCCAGGAGAAGACCGUGGUGGACCGACUUGUGCGGACGAGUGUGCGAGCGUCCACGCAGAGGACCAAAGACCUCUCUAUUCGCCGAGCGUCCCGUGCCCGUUUUUUUCGUCUCACGUUCGUUCCACCUCGCCUUCGUCCCCUCCGCGCUCAGGCGAGUUGCGUCUGCCUGAAGACAGCCAAGCAGAGAGUCUCUGCGUCCUGGAAGCGAGGGCGAGCGAUCGCGCCAAGGGGAAGAACGACGCAAGCGCCGAAAGAGAAGUUUCUCGUCGUCUCACCUCGACUCCUACUGACGCAGACGACCGCAUGACCUCUUCUCUUCUCGACGCUCCUUCCGGCAGCAAAUCAGCCUCUCUCCCUUCGUCAACUUCCUCCCUCUCUUCCCCGUCCUCGCCCCUGUCUCCUCCCCUCGUCUGGGCCGCAGCGCAGUCUCUCUCGGCGCAGGACGGUGUGUGUCGCCUUUCGCGCCGAGGCAACAGAGACUCGCGAGGUUCCCUCCUGCCGCAGUUUUCCAGCACGCGGGCGUCGCCUCCGCGUGCGCCCCUGCCUGCGCAGUUCCACCGCAAAUCAAAGUCUUGGGUCGCCUCGCUCUUCGGCCAGGCAGUGCAGUCUCCCUUCUCUCCGCCUCCGUCGGACGAACCAGAGGAUGAGACGGAGUUUCCGCGGCUCGAGAGCGACGCGAACCACAGAGUCCCCAGUGCACCCUCGCUCGCCUCGCGUCUCGCUCACCAUUUCCUUCCCUGCUUCAGAAAAGGCUUCGACCGCAGCCACGCUUGCAGUGACCUCGUUCGCCAAAUCCAUAGCGGCUUCGCAGGUGGAGGCCGACAUCUUUUCGCGUCGGCUUUCUGGGGACCCGGCGCGCCAGCGCUACUGGUCCCUCUGGCGCUUCUUUGCGAUCCUGCGGCGUAUGCGGAGGAGCUCUUUGCUUUUCCAGCUUCACGUUUCGCGAGGAUUCCGCUUCUCGUCGAUGCCGACGGCUAUCUCUAUCGCUACGUCCCCGAGCACAAUGUCCGUGAGUUGGAGUUUUUCCAACUCGUCCAGCUCGCCUACGAGCGCGUCUCUGUCGCCGAGGCCUCCCCGCGGUCUGCGCGGUUCUCGGCUCCCCACCCCCUGCAGGCGCUGCUGGCUGAAGACGCCGCACGAUUCCCCGAGGCGAGAAACGCAGAGCGAGGCCCGAGGCGACGCAACGGCCCCAGGAGCGUCGUCCGUGGAACCGAGCGAGGAGUCGAGGGCGAAAGCGAGAUCGAGGGCGACGAUGCUGGUAGUUUCGGAGGAGACGAGCAGGCUUCCGACUCUCGAGAGACAGCGGAGUCUUUGCGGCGAUCCGCCCUGGAGCGCCUUCACCUGCGGCCUGACGAACUGUCUCCAAAUGUGGCCACGACCUCGUCCCGGCGAGAGUCCCAAGAGAACAAACACAGGCCCUUCUGGAUCGUCUCGCCUCGGGGGGUAGGAGCGGAGCCUGCGUCUCGGGAGAGAGAAGGCGCGAAAGAGCAGGAGACGGAGAGACAGGAGACGCCGGCUCCGACGGCGUGGGUUGCAGCCCAAGACGCAGACGCGCCUGCGUCGUGGCCUCAGCGGCUCGUUUCCAGAGGAAGAGACGCAAGCGCAGGAAUUGCCGACGUCCAACGACAGAUUCGCCGCGCAGCCACGCUGUUCACGGAGACUGUCUCCGAGUCGCUCUCGGGCGUCGUCUCUCUCUUCCCUUCGCGAGAUUCCUGCGAGGGUCCCGACGUGGAUUUGGAGAUUGUCGACUCGGGGGCGAUCGACCGGCCGCUCAGCACUGCGUCGCUGGCGUCCUCCCCCCGUUCGUCGCGGUCUUCCCGCUCUGUGUCGUCCUGCUACAAUCGAGGGAUUGGGCGCAGUCGACAGAGACUGGGACAAGGCGAGACAAAAGAAGAAACCGAAGAAGAGGACGAAGGAAACCGAGACGACGGGGACGGCGACGUGGUCAGUCGGGCUGUGGGGCCGAGCCUCGGGCGGCGAGGGCGCGGAGAGACAGAGGGGCCAAGAGGUGGAGAGGAAGUUGCCGCGAAGCACGCAUCAUCAGAGGAACCGUGUCACGAGUCGGUGAACGCGAAGGAGGAGGAGAAAUCCUCGUUUCUCUCUCGUCUCCUGAGCCACGCGGAAUUGUCCUCCGUCGGCGAGCGCCUGGACGGCCUCCACGGCGAAGUGACGAGACGCGUCUCCGGUCUUCGGUCCUGGUCAAAGUCGUUUCACAUCCCCAGCGGCACAGCAGCGCAGGGCGCGCUGGAACGAAACGCCGAAACGCCCGAGCGUGGCGAAUGUUCAACGGGACGACGAAGAACCCAGGAAGGCCCGAGACACCAAGUGCUCAGGAACGCCUUUCCUGAUCACGCGCCGGCCCAGUCUCCCCCUUCUUCGUUUUCGUCUUUCCCGCGGGGCUCCAGCCCAGAGGAGCGGCGAGCAAGCGAGAGCUCCGCGCAAGGUGACCACGGAGCCGCGUCCGUCUCGGCGUCCCAUGGAGAGCCGGACGAGGCGUGGAGACGCAUGUGUCGCUCGCUGGCAUUCCUGAAACAGAACCGAAUCGUUCCAGAUUUCGCUGGCGUCGCGCUCGUUCGCCCCGGCGGCGCGGCGUUGCAGGACGCGCAGCGGCGCCGCCUCGCGCGCGUCUACGCAGCGGAGGAAGCCCGCAAGAGCGACGAGCGCGAACUCAGAAAGCGGUCGGCAGCACGCAUGCAGGACCGUCCCUCGUUCGCCCCCGAUGGGCUGCAGCGUCUCCCCCAGCCCACCUUCGAAUCGUCUGUAGAUUUCGCGUUCUCGCCCUUUGCGGUCUCGCGCGAGGCUGUGCACUCUCCCGAUUCGACGGAUUGGCAAGUCGGCGAGCGGACGCUUGUCUGGGAGAAGCUCGACGACGAGGUUCGAGGCGGACGAAGCCAUGCACGAGACGCGAACACGCCUCGCGACGGCGUCCUUAUGCUUCGCCUGCACAUUCCUCUCGCUCAGCCCGCGAUUCCGUGUCUCCUCCAAGUGAAACUCGGCCGCAGCUUCAUCGGAUCGCAUGCAGGCGACCCCGCGGCGAGCGUUCGCCAGUUCGCCGACUCGCUGGGCCUCAGCCAGCGAAGCCGCACGACUCUGCGAAUCCGCCAAAGAGUCAAAGCGGCUCUCUUCGAGGCCUACGACCCUGGGACCGCAGCCAAGAUGCUGACGAAUCUCGCACCUGCCGACGUGGGCCUCGGAGACGUUGCGCCCUUCCUCUCUGUCGAACAACUCCAGGCUCUCCUCAAGAGCUGGCAGCAAGCAGAGGAGUGCGGAGGUGUGAAGCGUGUGACGUUCGACCGCAUGCAGUGCGCGGGACUGGAUGCAGCCGAAGUUCUCCAGCUUCUUCACCGGUUCCUCUCCCUCCACCGCCAGGUGGCGAGCGUCUGUCUCGUUAAGAUCUCGGCGCUGAUCGAAUGGCUCCGGCACCAGCCGUUUUUCCGCUUCUACUCCACCUCGCUGUUCCUUUUCGUGGACCUGAGCGAUCCUGCGGCGAGUGCCGAUUGCCGGUGGGCCUCCUUCUCCCACGCCGUUCGCCGAGACGGCCGGCACGCGCUUGCGGGGGAAUUUCGAGACGCCAGAGCAGACGGAGCGAUUCCGGUGACGCGGGCGCCUAAACCUAGUCAGGAACGAGGCCUGUCGUCUCCGACGUACGCGGGUGCGCCCCCACGCGCUUCUCACCUGUCGCCUGGCGGUGCGCCGUUCGGACGCGGCGAGCACGCACCAGAGAGAGGGAAAAGCGAAGAGCGGACGAACCGGCUCCGGUGGAGAGAAGACGAGAGCCUAGACGAAGUUAACGCGGGAGUCUUGGAGGGGCUCGAAGCCAUACGCGAGGUCGCUCGCGCCUGCAUUUGGGGGACGUGA